AUGCUCCUCCGCGGCAACCCGCACAAGGACAUCCUCGCCCUGCACGCCCGCUACGGCGACGUCGUCCGCCUCUCCCCGUCCCUCCUCUCUUUCCAGGCCCCGGACGCCUGGAAGGAGGUCAUGGGCCACCGCAAGGGCGGCAAGCUCGAGGAGAACGCCAAGCUGCCCGACUUCAUCGACGAGCGCCACGCCGACCUCAUCUCCGCGAACCGCGAGGACCACGCCCGCUACCGCCGCAUUUUGUCUCAUGGCUUCUCCGCCAAGAGCAUGCAGGACCAGCAGCCCAUCAUCAAGUCCUACAUCGACCUGCUCAUCGAGCGCCUGCACAGCAUCGCCGGCCAGGGCCCGCUCGACGUCGUGCAGUGGUACAACUUCACCACUUUUGAUAUCAUCGGCGACCUGGCCUUCGGCGAGUCCUUCGGCUGCCUCGAGAACUCGGACUACCACCCGUGGGUGCGCCUCAUUUUUGAUGAUAUCAAGGUCGGCAUCUACUUCUUCGUCUUCAAGAGCUACAAGCUGGUCGAGCCGCUGCUCAAGAUGUUCGUGCCCAAGUCGCUGCUCGACAAGCGCGUCGCGCAUUACCAGCUCAUCGAGGAGAAGCUCGACCGGCGCAUCGCGAUGGGCACGCCGCGGCCGGACUUUGCGCAGUCGAUGCUGAACAAGACUGGUGAUGAAGCCCUCACCCGCACCGAGCUCAUCAUGCACUCCCGCCUCCUCAUCAUCGCCGGCUCCGAGACAACAGCCACCGCCCUCUCCGGUGCCACCUACCUCCUCUGCUCUAACCCGUCUACCCUCGCCAAGCUCAACCAAGAGGUCCGCUCCGCCUUCGCCUCCGAGGACGAGAUCGACAUCAUCUCCACCGCAAAGCUCGACUACCUCCAGGCCGUCCUCGAGGAGGCCCUGCGCAUGUACCCGCCCGUCCCGAGCGCUUUGCCCCGCGUCACGCCGCCGGGCGGCCAGGAGAUUCUGGGGCAGUGGAUUCCCGGGAACGGAGUUGGUAUCUUGGGGGUGAAGGAUUCUGACGUGAAAGAACAGACGACGCUCGACAUCUGGCACUGGGCAAUGUACCACAACGAGAAGAACUUCCGCAAGCCCUUCGAUUUCCACCCGGAGCGCUGGAUGGGCGACCCCGAGUUUGCAAACGACUCGCUCGACGCCCUUAAGCCGUUCCACAUUGGCCCGAGAAACUGUCUCGGCAUGAACCUCGCCUACGCAGAGAUGCGCAUGAUCCUCGCCCGCGUAAUCUACAACUUCGACCUCCAGCUCGCCGAGGAGAGCAGGGACUGGCUGCGCUGCGACCAGCACCAGGUCCACAUCCUCUGGAACAAGCCGCCGCUCAAGGUGCACAUGACGCCCAGGAAGAGAGAAUAA